ACAAAGAUGGCGGAAGCUGGAGGGCGCCACUUCUGAUUCCAAAUGCGCCUAUUGAUUUGAAGCCAUAGAAUGAUUUUUCCCAGACCUUCCCAGUUUCCUGGCGAGGAUGCUCUUUUUGUUCUGCGUUUCGAAGUAACAGUGGUCUAGCUGGUGUCCGUGGUCACGGAAGAAAGCUGCGUCGCAGGCUGAUUACGUUACACCAAAGGUUGCUGGCGCUGAAUCGGUUUAUAAUAAUUUUAACAACGAUACAUUCUAAGAAAGGGUGGGAGCCGCGAGACCUCCAACUUCCCAGAGAAAACAAGUUUUGUCUGGCAAGGUUCUCAGACCAAGCGGCCCGCGACCGAGGUCCAACGGCCCCUCACCUCAUGGUGCCUUAGCAGUGCGCGUGCCGAAGCCGCUGUCAUAUGCCCUGACGGAGGCCAACAAGAAAAAGAGGCGGGAACUGCCAGUCUCGGAAGGAGCAAAUGGAGCGCGAGAAGGAGAUGCAGGAGUUCACCCGCAGCUUAUUCCGCGGCCGUCCAGACCUCAGCACGCUCACGCAGUCCAUCGUGCGACAGAGGUUUUUGGCUCACGUGGGCUGCAACCACCUGAAACCCGAGGAAAAGCAGGCUCUGAAGCGGCUAGUGGAGGAGGAGCUGCUGCUGAUGCAGGGGGAUGAAGCUGGUACCAGGGAAGAGAAACUAGACCUUACCAAGAAGAUGAAGAGGCCUUCCACCCUCUGCAGUGAACCAGAGACAAAAAGGUUCCACUUCAAUUCAGAGUCAGAACCCAGCUCAGCAGCCUCCAGCCCAGAGCGCUUUGGACUCCUAGGCAACAAAGGGAUGGCAGCAGCAGAAGUCAGCCCAGCCAAGGAGGAAAAGAAUCCAAAGCAGGCCUCAAUGAAGGCUGUUGAAAACAGAGAAAGCAGCGAUGAAGAACGGCAGAAGGACCUGACUGCAAAGAUAUUGGAAAAGGAGAGCAGUGAGGUGGAGGAGGAGGGGGAAUAUUCUGUCAGAAAAAGUAAGGUUUGGGAGGAAGAGAGCAGUGAAGAGGAAGAGGAGGAGUACAAGGGCAGGACUGGGAAGAAACCUGUGACAAGGAACAAGGAGACACCAGGCAAAGCUUCAGUUAGUAGGAAGCAGGCCAGGGAAGAAAGUGAGGACAGUGAGGGAAAACCUGCCCAGAGGACAGCACAGAAGGUGCAGGGAAAUAAAAGAGCUAACAGCAACCAGGAAAGUGAACAAGAGAGUGAGGAGGAAAUCCUAGCUAAGAAGAAAAAGAUCAGAGAGGAAGAAGACGAGGAGGAUUGGAAACCCAGAGCCAAUGGAGGGAAAAGGUCAGCUGUGCAGGAGGGGAGCUGUAUGGGAGACUCGGAGGACAGUGAAGAAGAGACGGUAAAAGAAGUUGUAAGCAGUGGAGAUAGCAGGGGAGAGGAAGAGCCCUCAGUGCAGAGGAAGAGCAAGGACAGGCCCUCAUGUGAGGGUGGAGAAAGGCAGAGUGGGAGUAUUGAGGCUAGAAAAGACACCUGGACAGUGAAACCAAUGGCUAAAGGCACUGGAAAGAUAACCAAAUCGGGCAGUGAGAGUGACUUGGAGAGGGAGGUAAGUGACAGUGAGGCAGAGGAGAGCCCUGAAGGGGAAAGGAAGAGCCUCUCUUCCAAGAAGAGCUCCAGGAAAGGCAGGACAUGCAGCUCCUCUUCUUCCUCAGAUGGAAGUCCAGAGCCCAAAAGAGUGAAGGCUGGCUCUGGUCGCCAUGGACAAGACCACCCAGCUGUGAUGAGACUAAAGCGAUACAUUCGAGCCUGUGGUGCCCAUCGAAACUACAAGAAACUGCUGGGCUCCUGUCGCUCACGCAAAGAGUGCCUGAGUGUCCUCCGAGCAGAGCUGGAAGCUCUAGGCAUGAAGGGUAACCCUUCGUUAAAGAAGUGUCGGGCUCUGAAGGAGCAGCGGGAGGAGGCGGCUGAGAUGGCCUCCUUGGAUGUUGCCAAUAUCAUCAGCUAUUCAGGUAAGGGCUUCUCAUUGCCCAGGAGCAGGGUAGGGUUGCCCCAGACUUUCUUUCUUUCUUCUUUUUUUGAGACAGAGCCUCAAGCUGUCCUCCUGGGUAGAGUGCUGUGGCAUCACAGCUCACAGCAGCCUCCAACUCCUGGGCUCAAGCCGGCCACGCAGACAUACAGCCUGGAACUCUUUAGGACAAGCAGCACCGUUAGGGGAACUACAUCGCAGGGCUCUAGACUCAGAGGAAGAACAGCCCCGCCCUGCACCCCCAGAUUGGUCACAUAUGCGCGGUAUAAUCAGCAGUGAUGGCGAGAGUAACUGAAUCCCCCACUUCCCAGGACAGACCCUUUCCAUGUGUAUAAAGCACAUGUGUAUAACGUGGUACAAAGCAGAAGCAGCUUUCUUCAGUUCCCACGGACAAAAGUUGUUGGGACACUACUUCUGAGCUUCAAAUUCCCUGUUUAAGAUGUUUACAAGUGUUUAUUUUUUAAGACUCAAUAAAGGAGUGUUUGUAAUCAUCUUGUCAAAA